AACUGGAGAGAUAUAUAUUAUUUUAUUCAUUUGAAUGAAGUGGUCUAGUCCAUUGUCUUUCCGGACUCCGGGGCUGUCAAACGCUUUGGAAGAGGGGGAGGGUGAACAUGGCGUCUGAGCAGGAGAGUUCUAAUGGGCCUGUGAAGAGGUCCAUGAGGGAGAAGGCCAUGGAACGGCGGACCACCAACAAGGAGCACAACAGCAACUUCAAGGCGGGCUAUGUGCCCAUUGAGGAGGAGCGCCUGCACAAGACAGGCCUGAGAGGACGCAAGGGCAACAUGGCUGUUUGCAUCAUAGUCCUGCUCUUCUUGCUGGCUCUCAUCAACCUCAUUAUCACUCUAGUGAUAUGGACAGUGAUCCGCAUCGGGCCCAGUGGUUGUGACAGUAUAGAGUUCCAUGAGAGUGGGCUGCUGCGUUUCAAGCAGAAGGCAGACAUGGGCGUGGUCCACCCACUACACAAGAGCACUGUGGGGGGCAGGAAGGACCAGGACCUGGUUAUCACCGGCAACAACAACCCGGUGGUGUUUCAGCAGGGCUCCACUAAGCUCAGUGUUGAGAAAGAGAAGACGUCCAUCACCAGUGACAUGGGAAUAUCCUUCACUGACCCCCGCACUCAGAACACCUUCUUCAGCACAGACUUUGAAAACCACGAAUUCCACCUGCCCAAAGGAGUCAAAGUACUCAGUGUGAAGAAAGCCUCCACAGAAAGGAUCACCAGCAACGCUUCCUCUGACCUGUCCAUCAAAGGGGACAGCAAGGCCAUCAUCCGUGGCAACGAGGGGGUCUUCAUCAUGGGCAAGACGGUGGAGUUCAGGAUGGGAGGGGACAUCGAGCUCAGAGCUGAGAACAGUAUUGUUCUGAACGGGUCGGUGAUGGUGAGCGUCAGUCGCAUGCAAAACUCCUCAGUGGGGGCCAACGUGUAUUUCGACGAAGGUCUGUUGAGGUACAAGCUGUGUAUGUGUGCAGACGGCACUCUGUUCCGUGUCCAGGUGAAGUAUCAGAACAUGGGCUGCCAGACCUCAGACAACCCCUGUGGAACGGCCCACUAAAGAGACUGGAAGACAAACUGAUGUUACACAAUCCAUCUUGUCCUACAAUUAACAGAUGGUCAAGUAUGGCCAACCAAUGUUGAAAUACCCUAGAACAAUGUGCAGUGCAUACUGCAUACACAUUCAAAAUGUAACACCCAGAAACACUCUCUUUUUUUUAUGGAGGCCUUUUUGUUUGUCUGCAUAUCCGCUUGGCCAAAGAUAAGAGCUACAUACAGUAUUAUCAUUUUGUUUUGUUUAGACUUAGAGCAGCACACUAUAUGAAGUAACAACAGACACAGCACUCUACCAAGCAGUCCAGUAUUAUUACCGGUGUUCUGGGUAUUUAUAUUGAUAAUGAUUUGCUUAUGUAUAUUUCCACUGGCAGCUGUGUGUGACUCGAGUACAAGUCACCCUGUAUUAGGCAUCAGCCACUGAUCACUUAGCCACUAUAUUUAUGUUUUGAUUAUGGUUAGUUAAGGAGUAAUGAGUUGGAGUUAGUGGGAUAUGUGCAAGGGUUAACACUUAAAAUAGGAAACAUAAUUUUAGCUUAAAAUAGGAAACAUACUUUUAGUGCUCCCUACGUUGCUAUCUACAGUUCUUCAACAUUAUGUUACGUUACAACCAAUUAAAAUUAAAAAACAGAAAUAACUUAGUUACAUAAGUAUUCAGACCCUUUGCUAUGAGACUCGAAAUUGAGCUCAGGAAAAAUCCUGUUUCCAUU